CGCUCUCUUCUAUUAUAACUCUAAGUCGCAUUUUUUGAAACGGAAUGCUUAAUAAAUUUCUGAAGGAUGCAGGCGCUUGACAGUUCUGUGUGCAGACUUGCCUCAAUCCGUGCCGAUUAUUUAUAAGCCCGCAUCCCGGCGGCGCUAUUAUUGUUCUGGCAGCAUCCCAGAUGAGUCUGAUAACACGCCACAAUGGCGUGCGGAGCGAGGAAAAUCCGGCUGGAUUUCGAUUCCAUGCGUUUUCGCCGUGAGUGAUAAGAUCGAUAGCGCGCCUUAAAAUCGCGCAAGCUUUUGCACGGCGAACGCACGCCACUGGAGCAGUCGUCGCGCAAGUGUGGCGAAGUGGAGAGGUUCGCGUUUUCACCUUUACAUAACCUACGAGCGCCCGGAGGGCGAUAUGGACUUUAUUUUUUCACUGAAAACCUUCACUUGAAGUAAUCACAGCAUGGCCUCUCGACUAGGCAAAGUAGUUAUAGGGGGAUUCACCACAACGGUGGGGGCUGGAUUGGCUGGUUAUUUGUUUCUGACGGACGAGAAAGAUAGACGAUGGCCAAUCAAAGCCCACGCCGAACGCGCCCCCCUUAAAGCCAAGAGACCUCUACCAUCCCGAGACGAGCAAAUUAAAUCCCUACAAAGCGAUUCUUUCGAUAUAGUUAUAAUUGGAGGCGGCGCCACCGGCGCCGGCUGUGCCUUAGACGCUACAACUAGAGGACUAAAAACGGCCCUAAUCGAAGCAGACGACUUCGCCAGCGGCACUUCCAGCAGAAGCACCAAACUCAUCCAUGGAGGCGUCCGGUACCUCCAGAAGGCCAUCAUGCAGUUCGACAUCGAACAGUAUAGGAUGGUCAAAGAGGCCCUGCACGAAAGGGCCAGCAUGCUGCACUCGGCGCCGCACUUGGCGCACCCUUUGCCAAUUAUGCUCCCGGUUUACACCUGGUGGCAGGUCCCCUACUACUGGGUGGGCAUCAAAAUGUACGACUUCGUCGCCGGCAGCAAAACCCUCAAAAGCUCCUACCUCCUCUCGAAGAAAAACGCCCUGGAGCUCUUCCCCAUGCUCCGAGGGGACAGACUCAGCGGCGCCAUCGUGUACUACGACGGCCAGCAAGACGACGCCCGGAUGAACCUUGCCGUCGCCUUGACCGCCACCCGACACGGCGCCACUGUUGCCAACCACGUCUCCGUGACCGGACUUAUGAAAGAACGAAACUCCCAAGGCAAAGAAGUCAUCUGUGGAGUCCACGUCAAAGACGAACUCACGGGAAAAAAGUGGACCAUUCCUACGAAAUGUGUAAUAAACGCCACUGGGCCCUUCACCGACUCCAUCAGGAAAAUGGACAACCCACAAGUCAAAGAAAUCUGCUCGCCCAGCAGUGGCGUUCAUAUCACCCUUCCUGGCUACUACAGCCCGGAACAAAUGGGUCUGCUCGACCCAUCGACCAGCGAUGGGCGCGUCAUUUUCUUCCUUCCGUGGCAAAAGCAGACCAUCGCUGGGACGACGGAUUUGCCGUGCCAGGUCACCCACAGCCCGAAGCCGACGGAAGACGAGAUUAUGUUCAUUUUAGAAGAAGUGAAGAAUUAUUUGAACCCUGAUGUUGAAGUUCGUCGAGGCGACGUUCUGUCAGCGUGGAGCGGGAUUAGGCCUUUGGUUUCCGACCCGAAUAAACCCGAUACGCAGUCGUUGGCUAGAAAUCAUAUAGUCCAUGUGAGUGGGAGUAAUCUGGUAACGAUUGCUGGGGGGAAAUGGACGACGUAUAGAGCUAUGGCUCAAGAAGCUGUUGAUGCUGCUGUAGAAGCGUGCCAGUUAAAUCCGGCUCAUAAAGAGUGCCAGACUGACGGGUUGUUGCUAGAGGGCGCUCACGGUUGGACUCCCACUAUGUAUAUUCGAUUGGUGCAGGAUUUCGGGCUUGAGUGUGAGGUAGCGCAACAUUUGUCGAAGUCGUAUGGUGAUAGGGCGUUUGCGGUGGCCAAGAUGGCGGCACUGACAGGCAAACGGUGGCCCAUCAUCGGCAAAAAAAUCCACCCCGAGUUUCCCUACAUCGACGCCGAAAUCCGCUACGGCGUCCGCGAGUACGCGAUGACAGCCGUCGACAUGAUCGCCAGACGCCUUCGCCUCGCCUUCCUGAACGUCCAAGCGGCCCAAGAAGCCCUCCCCGACAUCAUCACCAUCAUGAGCGAAGAACUGGAGUGGUCCGAAGAGGAACAGAAACAACAACACAAACUAGCCACCGAAUUCCUGCAGAACGAGAUGGGUCAAAACGUCAACCGCGCCAGCCGCGACAAAAUCCCGAUCAACCUCAGUAAAGAAGAAAUUCAGUUGUACAUUAAGCGGUUCCAGAUUAUUGAUAAAGACCGCAAGGGCUACGUUUCGAUAAACGACAUCAGGAGAAGCCUGAAAUCUUUAGGUAUGAAACUAACAGAUGACGAAAUUCACAUCCUCUUGUCAGAUAUUAACGUUAAAAACAACGGCCAAUUGGAACUGGCUGAUUACUUACAGCAACAAGGUGAGAAGGAGGUUUCUGGUGAGGAGCUUCAUGAGAUUCUUCGGGAAAUCGACACAAACAUGAAUGGACAAGUUGAACUUGACGAGUAUUUGCAGAUGAUGUCGGCGAUCAAGUCUGGCCACGUUACGUACUCGAGGUUCGCCAGGAUGGCGGAAUUGGAAGAACAGAAACACGAAAAGGAAAUGCUCAAGAAGAAGAUUUCGGUAGAACGCAGUGGCGGCGGUUUGUAAAUACCGUGAAGACCUGUGUGGUUCGUCAAUUUAUACUCAGGUGAUUCAUUCGGUGUCAAUCAUAUUUACUGCUAAAUUGUGGCAGCCGGGACAAGUUUUAAGUCACAUUUCGUUAAGAAAUGGUAUUUUUAAUUUAUUUUACUGUAGUGCCCUAAACUGAAUAAAAUAAGAAUUUUAAACUAA